AUGGAAGAUCUAGAGGAAACAUUAUUUGAAGACUUUGAGAACUACUCCUAUGCCCUGGAAUAUUACUCCCCAGAGACUGAUUUGGAGGAGAAAGCACACCUAGGAGUCAUCCACUGGGUCUCCCUCGUGUUAUACUGUUUGGCAUUUGUUCUGGGCAUUCCAGGAAAUGCCCUUGUCAUUUGGUUUACAGGAUUCAAGUGGAAGAAGACAGUCACCACUCUCUGGUUCCUCAAUCUAGCCAUCGCAGAUUUCAUUUUUCUUCUCUUCUUGCCCCUGUACAUCUCCUAUGUGGCCAUGAAUUUCCACUGGCCCUUUGGCAUCUGGUUGUGCAAGGCCAAUUCCUUCAUUGCCCAGUUGAACAUGUUUGCCAGUGUUUUCUUCCUGACGGUGAUAAGCCUGGACCGCUAUAUCUACUUGAUCCACCCUGUCUUAUCUCAUGGGUACCAGACCCUAAGGAACUCUCUGAUUGUUAUUAUAGUUGUUUGGCUUUGGGCUUCACUAAUGGGUGGUCCCGCCCUGUUUUUCCGGGACACUCUGGAGUUCAAUAACCACACUCUUUGCUAUAACAACUUCCACGAGUAUGAUCCUGACCUCACGUUGAUGAGGCAUCAUAUUCUGACCUGGGUGAAAGUUAUUGUUGGGUACCUCUUCCCUCUUCUAACAAUGAGCAUUUGCUACUUGUGCCUCAUCUUCAAGGUGGAGAAGCGAAGCAUCCUGAUCUCCAGUAAGCACUUCUGGACCAUCCUGGCUGUGGUCAUUGCCUUUUUGAUUUGCUGGACUCCUUAUCACCUGUUUAGCAUUUGGGAGCUCACGAUUCACCACAAUAGCUAUUUCCACCAGGUGCUGCAGGCCGGAAUCCCCCUCUCCACUGGCUUGGCAUUCCUCAAUAGUUGCUUGAACCCCAUCCUUUAUGUCCUAAUUAGUAAGAAGUUCCAAGCACGCUUUCGGGCCUCAGUUGCUGAUAUACUAAAACAUACGCUGUGGGAAGUGAGCUGUUCUGGCACAGUAAGCGAACAGCUCAGGAACUCUGAAACCAAGAAUCUGUGUCUCCUGGAAACAGCCUAG